AUGGGCACCAGAAACUUUCUCGUCAUCAAAACCCAUUUGGAUUUGCUUCAUAAGCGUCUCUUAAACAGGGUUGCGUACGGAAAUAUGGUUGGGGUUGUUGGUUCCAUCUGGGUUUUUGUUUGGGAUUAUUUAUAUUUUGUUUUUGGUUUCAUUGCUAGAUAUCUUUUCAGAUUGGAGGCAAAUGAUGAGAAGAACAAGGGUGAUCUUAAGUGUGCAGAUAUUGAUGUGUUCGGAGAAAAAGAGGUUGAUUUUCAUGUCCAGAACAGGUCAAAAGAUGAUCAUGAUGAAAGCGAAGAAGUUAGUAAGGAUUGUGAUGUUUUGGAGAGUUCCUCAGGUACAAACACAACAAACAAGUAUGAGUUCUUUUCUUCAAUGGACAUCAAUGGCUUCUUGGAAGAGCCUAAAGCUCUGAGCUUCACCGUUCAAGAACUCUACUUGGGCUCCAACGAGUUUAGUACUAUUUUUCCUGAUUACCAAAUUCCCAAAAACCAAUUCUCUUCCGAGGAGGAUUUUCUCUCUUCAAAUUCAGAAGCAGAGGAAGCUGUUGGUGUUGAAGAAUCAGAGGAUGUGAAACUAGUGAAGGAAUUACCCGAAAUUGAAACUUCGAGUAUCAAAGAAGUCUUAGAGAAACAAGAAGAAGAAGAAGAGCAACAGAAGGAAUUAUCCAAAACCGAAACUUUGAGUAUUGAAGAAGACUUAGACAAACAACAAGAAGAACAAGAGAAGGAAUUAUCCAAAACCGAAACUUCGAGUAUUAAAGAAGUCUUGGCCAAAGGAGGAGAAGACGAAAAUUCUCCUGAAACCGAGCUUUCUGAAAUGGAUCAUGAUUUCUCCAAAGAUAUCGAAUCAUUUUCGGAAACUCACUCCUCACCUUCUUCCGAUGCAAAACCAGUACCUAAUAAUAUUUCAGGUGAUGUGUCAUCAAGUGAUGAAGAAACGUUUAUUAUUCAUUCCAAUAUCAAUUAUGAAUUUGAAGACUUUAAGCCUGUAAACAACAUUCAGGCCAUUGAAGAAAAUGAGAAGAAAUUAGGGAAU